AUUUAUCAAAUUAAUAUUAAUUAAAUUGUUACAUUUUAAUUUAUUGCACAAGAUAAUUUGUUUUCUAAGAUAACAUGGGUGGUCAUGGUCAUGGUGAGCCUUACACAGUUCCCGAUUAUAGAAUAUACAAAGUGGAAAAUGUUCCGGAAUUACUAAAAACUCAACGUGCUUUAGCAGCGCAAGGUUUAAAAGAUCCUUGGUUAAGAAAUGAAGUGUGGAGAUAUGAUGUUAAAGCAUUCGGAACUGAAAAAAUGAAAUUAUCAAAAACUUUCUUUACCGGUUUUAAAUGGGGUGUACUUGCUGUAAUUGUUACCCUUGCUGGUACUGCCGCUUAUGAUAAAGCAUUUCCACCUAAACAUGGACAUGGUCAUGGUGGACACUAAACUGUUAAUUUGUAUAGUAAACUAUUAUCAAAAAAAUGGUUAAACAGUAGUAUUUAUUAAUAUUAAAGACAUUAAAAUGGGAAAAGAAAAGCAUUAAAGAAUCAACUAAUAAGAAAAAAAAGUAUUUCUGUUAAUAAUACCUUAUUUGUACAAAAAUUUUAUUCAAUAUUUAGUUAAGAAUAGAAAUACAAAUGAUUUUUAAGAUGAUAUUCUUGGUUUUAAU